GAAUGUUCAUAAUAACUCAUGAAAAAUUGUGUAAGACACUUUAUUUCUUAUUUACCUGAAACUAUUAGUGCCUCAUUUGGUCCCACGGUGUGUAUGUUGCCCAUUUUUCACUCAAAGUUCAAAGAAAACUCACAAAACAACACUGUGUUACUGUUUUUACGAAAAAAAACAACUUUCGCUAAAUCAAUAAAUAUAACAAACAACAAUGAAUGAAAGGAAUGAAGUAACGAACUGAUUACAGUGUGUCAUAGACAAAAUUCACAGAUAAAAUCCAAAGUCACAGUAGCUGAUCCUGAACUUAUCAGUCAAUACUUUCAUGUCCAAUCAGCGAAUUUAAUCAUCAAUUUACCACGCAUAACAUAAUAAAUUCCGUAUUAUUUACCCAGUUUUAUCCACCGAACUGAAAAAUAUUGUACAAAACGGUUUUGUUAUAUCAGGCCCCUUAAUCCCCUGGACUCCUAUUCGUAAAAGUCAUGGUGCAACACUAGAGAGUCUACGGGAAAAAAGUAUAGACAAGAAAUCACUAAUAUCUAUGGUAGAUUGAACGUUUUGUAAUGGCGGAGGCAUUGUGAUUGUUUGUAGAAAGAAUUUGAGCUGCUGAUGUAAAAUAACCAAAAAGCAAACAUACCAAUAAGUUCUUUAAAAAUAUAAAGCGUGGUGAUUUUAUUUAGAAAAAUGUCUGAUACGAGUGAUCUAGACCGUCAAAUUGAGCAGCUGAAAAGAUGCGAGAUUAUAAUGGAGUCCGAGGUUAAAGCACUUUGUGCCAAGGCCCGCGAAAUUCUUGUCGAAGAGAGCAACGUUCAGCGGGUAGAUUCUCCUGUCACGGUGUGUGGUGACAUUCAUGGUCAAUUCUAUGAUCUGAAAGAACUGUUUAAAGUGGGUGGAGAUGUUCCUGAGACCAAUUAUUUAUUUAUGGGUGACUUUGUAGACAGAGGAUUCUAUUCUGUGGAAACAUUCUUAUUACUACUUGCUUUAAAGGUUCGUUACCCAGACCGCAUCACACUAAUCAGAGGCAACCAUGAGUCAAGGCAGAUCACUCAGGUGUAUGGCUUCUAUGAUGAAUGUCUAAGGAAAUAUGGAUCUAUCACUGUCUGGAGGUAUUGCACGGAGAUUUUUGACUACCUCUCACUGUCAGCCAUCAUUGAUGGGAGAAUAUUCUGUGUACAUGGUGGAUUAAGCCCCUCAAUACAGACCCUUGACCAAAUCCGCACCAUUGACCGCAAGCAAGAGGUGCCCCAUGAUGGACCAAUGUGUGACCUGCUGUGGAGCGACCCUGAAGAAUCUAUUUCAGAUACCCAAGGCUGGGGGGUAUCUCCUCGUGGUGCUGGGUAUCUGUUUGGUUCAGAUGUCGUAGCUCAGUUCAACGUAUCCAAUGACAUUGACAUGAUCUGCCGUGCACAUCAACUUGUAAUGGAAGGCUAUAAGUGGCACUUCAAUGAGACCGUGCUUACUGUCUGGUCUGCUCCUAACUAUUGUUACAGAUGUGGAAAUGUGGCAGCAAUAUUAGAAUUGAACGAAAAUCUUCAGCGAGAGUUUACGAUAUUCGAGGCCGCGCCUCAGGAGUCCCGAGGUGUGCCCUCGAAGAAGCCGCAAGCCGACUAUUUCUUAUAAUGUUGCGUACAAUAGACAAUUGACACAUGAGCGAGCGACACAUCUAGUAUUACGUACGGUUUUAUUGUAGUGACAAAACAUUUCAUGUGGAAAUAAUUUAAUUGUGAUCUUAAGACUGGUGUUGAAUUGUAAGUUGAAUGUGUUUAUUUUAAGUCAUUGAAUAUGUGUCUAACAUUUGCUGGCUUCCUGUUAUCGCGAGUUGGCAGCGCCCUCCGAUCUCCGAACUGCACCCAAGUAUUUGGUAUACCUAUGAGAUAGUACACACUUUUCUACCAUUAUACCAAAAACUUCCAUGUAAGUGAUGUGGCGUUUUGAAGAUAUUUGGACUUAGAAUCAAUAGUUUAGUACAAACUUUCGCGUUCCACGACCGAAUGUGAGUUAAGUUAAAUCCUCUCAGGCAAGUAAUUUAUAAUGUAAUCUUGACUUAGUGUAAUGAAUCCUUUUUGUUACUUACAGGCAUUUCUUUUGAUUGUUAGUCCCUUACUAAACUAGAUGGCAUUUUACCAUUUUAAAUCUAUGCCAUUGAUUAAGUUAUUAUUGUAUUCAUUGUAUCAAUAUUAGGUGACCAGUUGAUAAAUCUUUAUUAAUUAUAUGUAUUUAGUAUGCAUUAAUGUGACGAACAAUGAGUAGGAUAAGCAGAGUGUUCAUUAUAAAAACAAGCUAAAACUGUUAGUAAAUGAUUCCGAAAACUUAUCACCAUGUUAUCAAAUAUGUUAUACAUUUAUAUACACAUAUAUAUUUACGAAACCUAGAUAUAUUUAUGAAACUUAAAAGCAAUUAAGGGUACCUGUAGGCCUCCGGCGCUUACUGCUGCGCAUUGUCAUGUUAGAUCAGGCUCAUGAAAUGUGAUUUGUGAUGUCAUUGAACACUGCCGUUAAAUAUUAUGUAAUGUUUAAGGAGAUUAUAAAAUAUACUUAUAGAACGCCAGAGAUACACAUUUUCGUAAAGUAGGCAUAUUGUUAAUGAUCUUUUCAUAUUGAUAUAGUCUAGAGCAAAAUGCAGUUUAUCAAUAAAUCAUAGCAUCAGACAUGUUACAUUAAUUACAUGAUUUUUGGUACUUGUAGACAAAUUUAAAGUUCUAGAAUACUAUUUAUAGCUGUUAAUGAAGCAUAUUUUUCAUACAUUUCAAUCAAUUUCUUGUUAGUUAUAAUACUAUUAUGGCGUUAUGCCGAGAAUACCAUAUUUUAUGAAUCCAAUUGACUAGUAGUUGUAGAUGUGAAGACAAAACAAAUUACAUUUUUACUUUAUAAUAUUAUUCUCUUAGGGAAUAUUCUGACGCCUAUUAUCAUUGUUACAUGGUUCAAUUAGAUAAAGAAUUAUUUAAAUAAUGAAAAGUAUUUUGUGAACAACUCUGAUUAAUUAGGCUAUAAAGUGUGUGAAACUAUGUGUGGACUGCGCAUUCCAAUGUGCGCGCUUAAUCUAUCUAUACUUAUGUGCGUGGAUACUAGAUUUUCAUCGUGCAUUUCUUGUUUGUAAAUUUCUAUUUCAUAUUAUUUUUUACUUAAAUUUUAAUUAUAUCCAUGAUAUGGCAGUCACAGAGUUGUAUUUUUAACGUUUUUGUGUUGUAACUGGCGCCUACAUUGGAACGCUUAGAAAUUCCAAGGCUUUAGAAAUAUUCUAAAAAAGAAACUGAAAUGUGAUCUCAAUUGUUGUUCUUAUUUUGUCAUUUGAACUUAUGACUGACUGAUGCAACAGAGCCAAAUGCUUAUAAACAUCAGUUUCCUUGACUUUAGAUUAGAUAGUAGACAGUAAAUUUUAGUUCAUUCAGUCAUAAGCAAAUUUCAGAACCUUAAAAUCCUACUCCAUUUCAUCUUUACCUAUAAUUAAUUUGGGCUGUGUAACAAUCAAUAAGUUCCCCCUACAUUUAUUUAUCCUAAUCUAUACCAAUUGUAAAAUGAUUUGCUUAAAAUGUUAAUUAUACAUUCUAUAACCACUUUUGUAUCCCUACUUCUUUUAUACUAUUAAUUAUUAAAAUGAAAUGCCAUCAU